AUGGUAAGAGGCAUCUGUGCAACAGAUGAAAAAAUGCAAGGAAAAGGUUUCAACUUAGCUUCAAAAUGCUACUUUUGUAAGUUGAAUACUGAUAACCUUGACCACAUCUUGUUGCAAUGUAAUUUUAGUCAAUUGGUGUGGAAAUGGCUGGGAGAUGUGUUUCUUUUCAAAAUUUCUGAGUCUUAUGAAGAUGUGAAAAGUUUUGCAAAACUGAAGAGCAAUGCAGUGAAAGAUAUUUGGUUGUUAACAACUUCAAUAACAAUGAUGGAACUUUGGUUCUUAAGGAACAAAAUUUUCUAUGAAGAUGACAAGAUUGAUUUGGGGAAAUUCAAACAAAGAAUAAAGAAAUAUACUUCAGACUGUGCAAUAAGAAUAAAAAGUUUUAUGUGGGAGUGCAACUAUGAUAUGAUGAUUUUUAAACUUUUUGAGCUGAAGCAUCAACCAAUAAAGAGGCAGAGGAUUGUGGAAAUUAAGUUUAAGCUACCUGGAAUGAAUCAAACUCUGAUAUGUUGUGAUGGGGCUUCUAGGGGAAAUCCUGGUGCAGCUGGCUACGGAUUUAUCUGCAGAGGUGAUCAGGGUGAAUUUAUUCAUGCAGAAGCAAGAUGCCUAGGGAUUGCAACCAAUUUCAUAGCAGAGGUAAUGGUCAUUAUAGAAGCUGUUGAAUGGGCAGUAAAAAAUAAUAAAUUGGAUAUAGUAAUAAACUCUGAUUCAAGUGCAGCUUUACAUGCAUUCUCUACUGGGAAGUUUCCAUGGUUUUGUCAAGUUAGAUGGGAUAAAAUAAAAGAGUUACUAUGGAGGACUCAAUUUGUACAUAGUUUGAGAGAAAUAAAUUUCUCAGCUGAUUUUCUUCCUAAAAAGGGUGCAGGUUUGGAGAGGGGUGCAAUUCUUAUUUUUUCCACAAAGCCAAAUUUCCUAGCUACAAUGGAAUCACCUGACAAAAUUUAUUAUAGGUUCUGCUAA